AUGUAUUUCUCCAACGUUGUCGUCACUGUCCUUGCCGCUCAGGCUUUCUCUCAAGAUAGCCGAGUCUCUCGCUCUAGCUUUGGACAGGUUGCUGCUUUGAUGGCUGCUGCUGCUCUCCCAGCAGACGCUCUUGCUCUUCCCAUCUUCAGCGCCGAGAAACGAGAGCCUCAUCAUCAGGCCGGCCAGAACAAUAACAACCAGGCCCAAGGCCAAAGUAACAACCAAGCUCAGGGCAACCAGAACAACAACCAGGCUCAGAACGCCAACAAUAACGCCAACAACAAUGCUAAUGCCAAUGCUAAUGCCAAUGGAUGCAACGCCAACAACAAGCGAGAUGAGGAGCUUGUAGCUCGUCACCACCAGGGCAACCAGGGAGGCAACGCCCAGGGUAACGCCAACAACAACGCCAACGGUAACGGAGCUGCCGCCGCCGCCAACAACUGCAACAACAACAACAACAACAACAAUGCUGCUGCUGCUAACAACAACAACGGUAACGCCAACGGUAACAACAACAAGCGUGACGAGGAACUCGUUGCCCGUCACCACCAGGGAGCAAAGAAGAACAGGAACGGCAAGAACAACAAGCGGGAGGAGCUCGUCGCUCGCCACCAUCAGGGAGCUCAAGGCGGCAACAAGGCCAACGCCGCUGGCGCCAACCGCAAUGGUAACAACCGCAACCAAGCCGCCGCCGCUGCCAAUAACGCCAACUGCAAGCGAGACCUUGAGGCUCGUCACCACCAGGGUGGCCAGAACAAGCAAAACGCUCAAGCCGCCAACUGCAACUAA